ACUCUCCUCUUGUGUGCCGUGCAAGAUGGAAGCUCAAGUUGAGGCUCAUGACGCCCUCCCAAACUCCUCACAGAACACUUCUGCUCUGUUGGGAAAUCAGUUUGGCGAAGGUGGAUCAGCACCUGCAACAGGAGCUGCUGACAUAUCAGGAGCGUCCAGCUCCAAGCAACACACCAGGCUUGGGUGUUACCAGCGUGGAUUGGUGGCUGCAGGUGCAAACCACCUGCAGCAGCUCGUUGAUCUAGAACAUCCUGCUUCAGGGCCCCACCGCUGCUCUAAAUACACCUCUAGUUCAGGGAUUGGACUGCAGCAGCACAUUAAUGCUAUGCAUUCAACAGAAACAACGUUUCAGUUCCCUAAUUGUGUACAAUCACACAAGAGAAAAUUUGUUCAGUGCUCUCAGUGUGAUUAUGCUGGCACCACAGAGGGGGAGUUGAAAAGUCAUUUCCUCUUCAGCCAUACAAACGAAAAGUCUUUCCAAUGCUAUGAGUGUGAUUAUGCUUGCACCAGAAAAAAACACUUGGAAAUACAUUUCCUUCACAAACAUUCAACAGAAAAACCUGUUCAGUGUUCUGAGUGUAAUUAUGCUUGUACUACAAAAGGAGCUUUGAAAUCCCAUUUUCUUCACAAACACUCAACAGAAAAACCUAUUCAGUGUUCUGAGU